CAGGCUUUCCGAUCCUGAUCAAGUCGGCUACAAGUGCACAUUUUCUCGUGUCGAUCGGGCGUUGUUCUCCCUAGAAAAUCCCAGUAACCGAUGUUUGUAAAUGCGAGAACGCUAAACAAUCGUACGAUUAUGGCCAACUGCUAGUGAGACGUCGCGUUGAUUCUACGCCAUUUAAAACUGUUGUUUGCCUGAGUGCAGUGUUUUGUCUGUGAACCCGUUCUGUGGAAUCUAGCAAGCUGUGGGGCGCAGGGGCUUUUUUCCUUCCUCCGCAGGGGAUGUAUUAUCCGCACAUGGUGCAAACGGGCAUGACGACGGGGGGCCCGUUUUCGGCGGCGGCGGCAGCCGCAGCGCCCGCCACCGCCACGCCAACCGCCCCUCAAUUCCCGCCCCCCGCUCAAAACGGCACCGACGCCGCCCUCGCGAAGGUCGGCGCCCAAUCAGCGGGCGGCGACGACAUCAAACCUCCUCAGUUGCCUCUUCUACCGCCUCCCACGGGGGCGGCGCCUGGCACUGGCCCGCCUCCUUAUACGCCGCCGCCCCCUCAACCGCCCGCGCAGAACGGUCAUGCGGAGCAACAGGGGGGGCAGCAGGGGCAAGGACAGCAACAGCAGGGGCAGCAGCAACAGGUGCCGUGCAGUGUAGCUCAACAGGUGCAGCAACAGUACAAAUGUGAAGGAGGGGAGAAUGAGAAUGGUCCAACAAAUGCAGUGUCGCAAGGUGUUCCUUCAGAAGGAACGACGGACGUUUCCAGUUUAGCCGCGGCUGCCCAGGCGGCUGCAGAACUAGCCAAAAACCAGCCGAAGAGGUUACACGUCUCAAACAUUCCAUUUCGGUUUAGGGACCCAGAUCUUAGAGCCAUGUUUGGGCAAUUCGGCCCGAUCUUAGACGUAGAAAUUAUAUUUAACGAACGAGGAUCGAAGGGUUUCGGUUUUGUAACAUUCGCAAAUAGUGCUGAUGCGGAGCGCGCACGAGACCGACUACAUGGCACCGUGGUUGAGGGAAGAAAAAUAGAGGUUAAUAAUGCGACUGCUAGAGUACAAACGAAAAAACCGCCAACACUAACCACAGACUUUCCAGUGCCAGUCCUGCAAUGGCCGGAUGCAGCCGCUCUGCGCGCAGGCGUGGCCGCCAUCCAACGCGGCCGUGCGGCACGCGCCGCCUACCCCGCGGCUGCAGCAGCGGCAGCUGCGGCCGCGUUCGCGCGUCACCCUACCCCUUUAACAGCUGCAGGCGCGUUGCACGGUUACGCGCCCGCGACAGCUGCGGCGAUGCUCAAUGCGCCGUUAGUCGACGGCGCAGGUGUCUAUUAUGACCCGUUCUUGGCUGCGCACGCAGCAGCGGCUGAUCCCACUUACUCCAGCAGGUUGCAGGCAGCGGCCGCGUGCGCCGCCGGCGCCGGUGUCGGUAGUACUAGUGCUUCGGCGGCGGCGGCCGCAGCAGCUGCCGCCAUGUUAAAAAGUAGUACCGUACCACCUCCGUUGUCGACUGCCCAGCAGGCCUCCUACCACGCCGCGGCCGCCACGUACACAGCUUCGAUGGCUGCCGCCCGUUACAACGCGGCCGCCGUCGCUCAACAACAGCAACAGCAGCAGCAGCCGACCGCGGCAGCUGCGCCCACUGCCGGCGCGACAGCUGCCGCGCAAUACGCCGUCGCGGCGGGAUAUGGCAGGGAGUAUGCAGCCGCUGCGGCGGCCGCUGCAGCUACGGAUCCAUACCUUGGACAUGGCAUUGGACCGAUGGCAGGAUACGGGGCUGUGGCUUAUCGUAGUGGUUACAACCGAUUUACGCCCUACUGAACAUAUCAUCAGGCCUACCACUACCACUCACACUACGAGAAUACUCAAGAAAAUCUCUCAUCGUAACUCUUUCUAUGGUAUGGUGUUUACGUAUCGUAUAGCACAAUACAGAGCACAAAUAGUAUUAAAAAAGGCACACGAUCUUUUUUGAUGGUUUCCGGAAUACAUCUUUGAAAAGAUUUGAUUUCACACGUGUAAUUUUAUUCUGCUGAUUUGUAUAGUUACAAAUAUAUGUACAUUAUUAAAUGAUUUUGAUUCUAUGACCAACGUAUUAUCCUAGAUAUAAAUGCUCGGAAUCUAUGUAGUGGUGUAUUUGCAAAUAGAAGACAUUUUUAUCUUUAUUUCUACUUUCUUUUAUCCAGUAUCGAGUAUGCAUUGCGGUAGAAUCACAGCUGACUAGUAAUAUUUCAUGAUUCCCCAUAUCGACAAGUGACACACAAUGCUGACGGAUCCGUCAACGCCUGGUAGACAGAGCCGUAUUCUGUUGUGUUUUUUGUACGCUACGGAUUCAUUUUGUAUUUGCUAACAACUCUUUUAUUUAGAAAAUUUAAUGAUCAUGACUAAAUUUCAAGUUAGGUAGGAAUAAAAUAAUAUAAACAGUUUAUGACACGAUAAUCAUCUCUACUUCUUGAAACUUGAAAUACCAAUGAAACAGCUAUACAAUUAAUUCAAAAUGUGUGGCAGUUUAUGACCGAAUUGAUAGAGGUUCGAUUCCCCGAAUAAGGUCUGAACAUUACUGAGGUAAUUCUAACAAGUUAGAAAAAUAUACAACUAUUGCAGGGAGCCAUGAAAUGUAGUCAACUUUUACAGUGCAGUGAUCGCGAGUACAGGCAAAUUGAGAACACUGCAAAAAUCCUGAGGAAACGAAAACGUCGCGUGGAAGGAGAAUAAUAAAAAGAUUUUAUGGUUUUUACAGAGAGUGUGAGAUAUUAAGCAAUAUCAAUUUGAAUUACACCUUUCAAACGGCCAAAUGAAUGCAGGUUGAUGUAACGUGCAAGAUCAAUUUUUUACAUGAGUGCUGUUUUGAACAAGCUGUAUUCAUUAUUAAUGUCUGCAUAUACUUAACCUUUAUUUGAAUUAAAUUGCUCUGAUGACGGGCAAUUAACCAGAAACACGUAUCUAUAUUCUUUUUAUAGGUAAAAUUACAUCUAAUGGAAAGGACAAUGCAGUUUGUUCUGUUGACUUGCCUCGUAAUCAAUAAAUCCCAAAUGUACUAUAAUAAUUUUUCAAUAAACAUGUUUCUAUGUGUACUUUGUAUAUUUUAUUGUCAAAAAAUUCCCAGUUACUAAAAGUAUCUAGAUACGUGAACAGCUUUGAAUAGUUUUUCUAGAUUUACAUCUGAUUUGUUAUUGCCAGCGUUACAGACUAAUACAAAGAAGUCACUUGUUGAUCAUUUGCUCACCUCAGUAGACGUCAAAACGUAAUGGAUACUCGUAAAAUAGGCUGUAAGUGAGACCCAUAGCUUACUGAAUAUACAUAUUAUAUUUUCAAGUUUUUUUGCGAAUCGUGUCAGUCUUUUCCUAAAAUUCAACUGUCUCGGGCAAUAUUAAGAUUCUGAUAAACAUGCAUUCCAGGAAAAACACCACUUCCACUAUUUUCACGAAGCUACAGCUAACAACUGUUUUUUUUUCAUAAUCACGGGUGCCCGUUAACAUGAAUCAAGAGGUUUCCAGAAAUAUGUUAAAACGAUUUUUUAAACAAAUUAUAAAAACAUCGGUUUUUGCUCUGGACCAAGUGUUCUAGGUAUUUUAGAUCAGUGAGAUCCCUGGUAAUGUGUCUCUUAAGUUGACCGUUUUCCAAUUGUACAUUAUUUAAAGCAUGAAAAACCUGUCCAUUUUCAAUGCUUAAAGGCUCGUUUAAAAACUAUUAUUUUUGAGAUUGACAAGAGUCCAAAUUAAAAUCCAAAUCUUCCCAUACAAAACCCCGGAGAGUAUGUUAGCCUUGAUUUAUUUUGAAGCAUUGCUAUUCAAUUUUUAAUAACGCGCUAUCUGUCAUGCAAUAUUUUGUACGCUCGAGAGAUCCAUAGCGCGUUAUUAGUUAACCAUACUUCAGAAUAAAUCAAGCCUCAAAAAGAUUUCCGGGGUCUUGUAAGGGAAGGUUUUAACUUCAAUUUAGACACUUGGCAACAUCAAAGAUGACAAUCCUUUAACCAAGUUUUUAAACAUUAAAUAUAGAUAAUAAACCGCUUAUAUCUCGAAAAUUUUAGAAAAAAGUUACUAAAGGUCUUUUAUUCUCAGAUAUGUAUGCUCGAAAUAUUUAAAAAAAAAAUUAUUUGGAGUAAAAAACAUUUUUUUACACCAAAAUUUGCAAAAAAUGUUCAAACAAACGUUCACCGAGUUACCGCCUGGUAAUCUCUUGAUUUAUGAUAAGAGGCAUCUAACAAACGUGAUUAUGAACAAAAAUCAAGGUAGAAUGCGAAGUUUUCGCCUCGACUAAUUGUAUAGUAGACGUAUCUGACAUUCUUGAAGCUAUCAAAAAAGGUGUUCGUGUAUUGAAGAGCCAAAGAGCUGAAACUCACUAACAUAAGCCCUUGUGAUAGCCCAAAAAACAAUGCUAACCGAGCUCUCUAACAUCUUAGUAUGUAAGGAUUUAGUAGUAAAUUACGCAAGGGGUUUCCAGUCGCUUGUACUCCAGUCAAGGACCAUAUGUUUGUGAUCAGAACCAUUUUAAGGUUAUAAUCUUGAUUCGUUAUUGUGUAAGGCAGGAUUUCGAAGGAGCUUUAUAUUUUGUGAAAAUGAAUUGUUAAAAAGUUACUAAAUGUUCCUUGAUUAGCAGCUUAGUUUAGCUCAAUGGCAUAUGAACGCUAAAAAAUUGAUGGUCAAUCCGCGUAAAACGGGCGGUUGUUAUGGACAUGCCGUUUAGAUAACUAAUAGGAUGAUGCUGUAGUUCAUCAGCAUGGCCGCCGUGUUAAGCUCUGAAUUCGUAAUCGUUCCAUCACGCAAAAUUUGACGCAGCCAUAAUACCCGUUUUACAUCAACAAUUUCUCACGAAUUUAUUCAGAUGGAUUUCUUCAAAGGUCAUCCCGAUUAUGUUUUGCGAUGUUUACAUCAGUGGACAAAUUGAUUGAUUAUCGGUCAGUACACAGUGCUGCCAAACACAACAAAUUCUUGCUAGAAACAUUAUUUUUUAUUUUGAGGCGAAUCUCAUAAACAGAAACCAUACUGUAGGUCCAAAAAGUUCUAUGUUGGACUUGAAAAUUAGUUCAAUAUAAUGAAAGGAAAACAAUGUUAACACCAUGGAAUUCGACGUUCAACUUGGCAAAAAUUAGAACAGGUUAUUUCGUAAAGAAGUCCACAAAGAACUUCAUGGAUUUAUUUGAUCUCAAGUUCCCGUUUUACACUUUUGAAAUUUGGCCAUGAAGUCAAUCCAUUGAGAAAUCGGUGGAUUUAUUGUCAAUGUAAAACGGGUACAACCAAACAGUAUUCACAGAUUGACCGCGGUGUUCCGUUAGGAGCUGUAUAGAUGGCUCUAGAUAUAGCGCACCUAAAAAAUGGAGUAACCGAUAUAUCAAAUCUUUUCAUAUAACUGAAUGCCGUCCUUCCAAGACUUUCAGCGUUCGUAUGUGUCACUUAACAUCUAGGUACAAAAAUAGUACAUACGCAUGUUUUCAAAAUUGUCUGUUUCUGCCUUUUUGGUUUGUUUUAUUAUUUUAUUAUAAUAGUUGACGAAUCAUUAUUCUGCCUUACAUGUUAAAAUAAAUGAUAUUUUUUCUAUAUUAUGAUACUGACUCAUCGGUGAGACUUUUUAUUAUAUUCCAGCAGCUCGAAAUGUGUAUUUGCUUUUAGGAUAUCGAACUGUUUGCAUAUUUUGUGUGAUCAUUACGUAAAGCUUAUGGAAAAAGUAACUGUCAGACGUUUAUACCGAAUGAAUUCCUGCUUGAAAUGAGUUAAUCAGUUUUAUGACCCUGGUAUAAUAUGUGAAAUUGUAGUAAAAAUAAAAACUGAUUUGUGCCAAAAUAAUUCAAAAAUAUUCGGAAAUUAGUAGAAUUUGAAAGAUCCUUGAAAUUCAUAAUGUAUAUGCCGUUUUUAUUGUGUUAAGUAACAUUUUGUACUGGUGUAGCCAGUAUCAGGUAAAUGAUUGAUUUAAUCUAGUCAACUUUGAAAAAUGACAGCUUUUUAUCCGAAUAAAAUUCAGCAGCUUACAAAUAAGGUAUUUUUCUGUAACAAAAUGUUUGUAGCAAAUUUUUCACGGCAGCUACAAAAAUAGUAAUCCAAUCUACAAUUUUUUGAAGAGCUGAGAUUAGGCAAGGAAAAAACAAAUUUCUCGAAAAAUUUAGGUAUUGUACAUAUAUUAUAUUAUAAUUAAACAUAUUUCUUUUCUAAAAUAUAUGCGAUGUGUACAUACUUAUCAGUAGAAAUAAUUAUUGAAGCUUAUAGUAGCUGGAAUAUUCGAUUAUUAUUGAUGAAAUAGAAAUAGCGGAUUAGCAAUUAUUUCACAAGAAAGUAGUGAUGAUAUGUGUAUAAUCCAAAUCUAAUUAUUAUAAAUUAUGCACAAAAUCAGAUAGUAGUUUCUCUUUAUUGUAACGUAGCGAACCUAUAUACGGUUGAACGAAACAAUAGUCCAGGCAAAUUAUACUUUGAGGUUAAUGUUUUUAAACCAUCGCUGAUUUCUACUGUGAACUUACAAUAAGGCUUUGACUUCCAAUAUUAAUUUUGUUCCGCAGAUGUUGGAUAUUGAUAUUCCUAGCGUUUCGGAUGACUUUUUAAAGAACUUGAUAUUGAAAGUUAAUCUAUUAUUAACAUUUAUAAGUUAUAUAUGGCUUAGACUAUCUGAAAAGCGGAGUUUCUUGUCCUAAAAAUAAUUCAUAUUUCAAGUUGAACGCAUCAAUGAAAUUUUGUAUUUAAAUAUCUUUGAAUGUAUUUUAAACUUUUUUUUUAUAAGCCCAAUUUUCGUAAUUUUGGCAUUUUUAAAAAAUCCACCCAUUUCUUAAUAUUUAACUUAGUGCUUCUGUAUGAGUGCAUGGUCACAACACUUUCUACUUAAAAUCUAUAAAGAACACACUAACCUUCGGAAUUUAUUUUGAGAUGAGACUUCGCGUAGUAAUUGGAUAUUGACCUAUUGGAAUAGUAACGCAGAACACUCUAUCAUUUCGGAGAGAAAGACGUUGAAAAAUUAAAAAAAAAAUUAUAUACUGGCAAGAGUUUUCAAGUGCCUUAAAUAAAUUCAUUAUAUUAUACAUAUUUCACUAAUACCCGUAAUUUAAAUGAAAAUUUAUUUUGCUAACGAGAAAAGCUUCUUAAGGUUUAAAUCAUCAUGUAAUUAUGUGUUUAUUCUAUUAUUUAUAAUAUAAUAUAGCCAAUGGUUAUAAUAAUUAUAUUUAUCAAUAUGUGAAUAGUUUCAUUUGAUUGUAUUUCAUAUACAUUUUUUACCACAAACAUAGACCUGAAUGAUAAUCAUCGUAAUUACAUUUAAAGCAUAAACAGUUUUGGCGUAUAGGACAAUUAAUAAAAGUGGAAUUUUUGCUAGAACUGUAGUUUUCAAAAGAUCAGAUGGAAAAUAAACAUAAUUUAUAUACCUAGCAAAACGAAUCAUUUUAUUAAAUACUCGCGAUGAUACGGCAUGCACACACGUUGCCAACUAGUCUAUUAUGCCGCUGAUACUCGAGAAACCUUACUAUACUCGGUACCGAAAAGGAAGAGAGCAGCGGAACACAUCGCACGCCACUGCCAACGCGGCAACUCUUUGAAAAUAUGGCGGGAUACGAGUGCACCGACUUAUCUCUUCCUUUUCGGUACCAGAGUAGAGUAUCUAAGGUGAUACGAUUUAACUCUUGUUUUUUUAAUGUGAGCGCAGUUAUUUUUAUAUGUUAUAUGCUUGUGUGUUUUAUUAUGGAUUUGAAAUAGAAACUCUUGCGACCAUUCGCUCGUAUAAAAAUACUAAUUCGAAAGAGGAUGAAUCUUUGACUAAAAUGCGAAAAUUGCUAAGUUUGGACUUUUAAAGAAAAAUUAAGUAAUAAAAUAAAAAGAAAAUGAUGUAAAAAGUUUGAAAUACAUAUUCUCUGAAAUAUUUAAAUGUAAAAAUUUCAUUGAUGCUAUCAACUUGAAAUGUAAGUUAUUUUCAGGGCCGAAGACUCGGCUUAUGGACCCUGGACUUUUUUUGACCUAAUAUAACAUAUAUUUUCGUUAGUGUAAAACAACCUUCCAUAAGCAAGGUUUCCUGGGCAUGAACUACCUAGAGUAUAGUGUUUUCACGUUAUUACUAUUGACAAAUUUGCCUUCUAAAACUUUUGGUAAUAUAUAUGAUUUUAUGGGUCUUUUACUAUUUUCUUUGAAUUUCACGUUAUAGAUAUUUUAUAACGCACUAACACUUUGUUCAAACAUUCCAUGAUAAUAAUAAUGGGAGCUUCCAAAUUAAGUUUCGUGAUAUUUGAUCAAACAUUGGUCCAGUGAAGUUAAAUCUAUUUUCAAAUACUGUGACUUUGGAUCAUGAUAUUUAACUAGAAAAAUCAAAAGUAAUAAGGUGGAUAUAUUGCAUGAUUCAUUUAGAGUUACUGUUUUCAGAAGGAUUUCAAAGAAAUAAUCUUCGAAAACUAAACGCCAAAAAAGUUGUUUCAAGAUAAGUCUUAAAAAAGUGCCUCUAAAUGAUUCACCAGUUCAUGGGAGAUACUUUGGAAAACAUCACAUACCUAUAUAGUAGAACACACCUUAUGGAAUACUGAUCAGGAUAUUUUAGUUUAGCUUAGUUUAGUUAAUAAGCCCUACAUAUACUAGAUGUGUAUUUUGACUGGUAGAAGUAUUGUAACUUUUUUGUUUAUGUAUUAGGACUUUUAUACAUUUUAAAUAUAAGGCUUGAUAUGACGAUAAUAGUUUGAGUACAAGUUAAAUGGAAACCCUUAUAUUUAUGUUCUAAGUUAUAUUUUUUGUCAAGUUAUCUCUCUAUUUUGAUACUCUUAUUUUUAGGUGGAAAUUGUUGUCCACACUACAUAUCGACUCUCUAUAUUUAGCUCUCUAGAUGUGUACAGGUUUUCAUUUCUUUUUUCUAAACGUAAAUAUAAAAAAGUUUAGUAGGAAGUAUUUUCAAUGAUUUGGUUGUUCAGGGUCUUCCCUCUUUAUAACAUAUUAAAAUUAAAAUCAAACAUCUUCCCAACCUAAGACAGAAUAUAAAAUUUGAAAUUUACGAAAGCCAUUUGUCAAGAAAAUUUUAGUUAUAUGUGGAAUCAGGCACUGUUCUCACCAAAGGCAACCCGACUCGAUUUCGACUUUGCUUGUUUUACUAUUGGGUUCCCACUGAAGCAACUGGCAGUCUCAUUUUGACGUUAAGGCGGAAUAUAAACAGAUUAGUUUGGUAUUCAAAAGCACCGAUCGGAAGAAAAAUCGUAUAUGUAAUGUAUUUCGUAGAUCAAAUCUUCCAAUGCACAACAAAUACAGUGUGUAGUGAAGAAUCUACGGAAAGUAGUACCUUGUAUGCAAACAUAUUUUUAAGUCUCACGGUCACUCGUACACUAUUAACUUUUUUGUCACUCUUUAACUCAAACUCUCCUGGAAGGUUUUCAACUCUGUUGCUCCAUUUGUCACUUCAAAGGACACAGAAACCCGAGAGGUACAUGUUGCGGCAGAAUCAAGGAGGUAUAAAAAGACACCUGGAUUUAUAGAAAAAAGUGUUUUUGUUUCAAAGAUGGCGGCCGUCCACAGAAACACACUGCUCAAGACCCGGAUGCUUUGAGCAGCUCGUUAACAUGUAGCGUAAUGGCAGGGUAGUGAGAGACUAGCCCAGAGUUUCUGAGGUUGAACUGACGUCAGGUGACACGAUGCGCGGGUGCUGUGCGCAACCGAUUCUUACUUUAAAAAUGACCCUCAUAUCGUGGGAAAAGCGUUUACUUCUCCAACAGUCCACCUCUUAGCUAUAAUAGAGUGUGAGGAGGAUGCCUAAACGCUCUAUACUUUAGGUAUCCCUAGAGAAAAAAGACACAGAUACUCAGAUCUGAUGACCACCCGGGCCACCUCCUCGCACUCCAUUAGACCUAAGAGAGCGUAUUGUUGAAGAGUUGAAUGCUAUUCCACACGAUAUGUGUAAGCGUGCUUAUUCAGAACUUUAGGAGUAGUUUCCAGUGUGUUGCUGCUAAUGGCUCCCAUCUUGAAAACAGUAUUUUCAAAACUAUGACCCUGUCAUUCCGAAUUUACAUACAUUUUUUUUAUAUAUCCAGAUGUUUUUUUUCUGAAGCUGUUUACUUACUACUGAUCACACAGGCGGCCUAUGACAGGCCCACGAAAUAAAAAAGUAGUUGUUUUUCCCAUGUACUGUUUCAUGCUGAACAUGAAUUACUUUUUUAUUUGUCCACCGACCCCCAAUUUUGACUUCAGAUUCAAGUUCAGCGAGAAAAAAUGCAUAGGAAAAACAUAGCCGGACCCUAAGCACACACCACUUUUUUAUUUUGUGGGCCUGUUGCAGAAGUGUCACAAUGACAUAUUUGAUCAACUGAUAGGCAUCUGCAAACUAACCAACGACCUCAGUGCUAGUCUACCGUUGACCAACUCGUCGUUUUCCCGUCACUUUGGUAUGAACGCUUGUAUUUGAAUUCAAAUGCUAAGUCGGAUUGCUGUUGCCAUUUACUUUCGGUGAGAACGGUCCCUUAGAUAUCAAAAAUUGUGCUUUUGCUUAUGCCGAUUUUUAAUAUUGAAAAUGCCUCCUAUACACGUUAUAUUAUGCGAAGCCAAUUUUUCUCUAGUCGCUGUAUAUAUUUCAUACACACGUACAAAGAACCCAAGACUCCCCGAAAAUUCCUGUUGUAAUUUUUCUCUUGUAUGAAUUUUGAUAUUUGACACGGUAUCGUCAACUGGUAAUUAUGAAAAAGCUGCACAAAGCAACUAAACCUGUGUUAUAAUUUUUCGAUUUUUUUUUAAAUUUUUUCUAUUUGAUUAUUUCGGAUGAAAUGCGUGGUGAUUGUGUAUUUAAGAAUUAAG